UCUUUCGAUGUGGUACAAACAUUUGUUUUCUUAAAACAAACUUAAAAAACUAACCUACCUCUCUUCUUUCUACGAGAUCCAUCCUCUCAUACUCGCGCACACAAUUGGCCCACCAAGUGUUCGACGAAAUUCCCCCACCAAAAAAACCAGGGGAAAACCCUUUCAAGAACCAGAGAUGGGUAAACGAGGUAAAGGGAGAGAAAAUGGCGCUUCUUCUUCAUCUGGGUUUCACACAUCUCUCACUCUUCGAGAAGAAGCUAGUGGAAAGAAACAAUCCCACAAUUCUAAAGCAGUUCUUAAACAUAAACAUUUACAGAGUUUGGCUCAAUGGGCUGCUGGGUUAGGGCAAGGGAAAGGUAAAGAUGAACCUUCAGUUGGUUAUUUGGGUGCCCUUUUUGGUCGUCGUUUUGCUGAGUUUGGGGAGUCCUUAGGAAUUGCCCCUGACCCUUCUCUCUUCUCUUGCCAAAGAUGUGAGACGAUUCUCCAACCUGGCUCCAACUGCACGAUUCGAAUUGAAAAAAAUCGAGCCAAGAGACAGAGGAGAAGCAAAACUAAGACACCCACACAAAAUAACGUUGUUUACACAUGCCACUUCUGCUUGCACCGGAAUCUAAAGCGAGGAACCCCAAAAGGACAUAUGAAAGAUCUAACCCCUUCAAAGCCCAUAUCUUCAAAGCCUAAAUCUGUAAUCUCUGCAAAGAAAAGUAAAACUAAUAUUAGCAAUGUCAAAAUUGGCAAGGAAGAGAUUAGCAAGGUCAUAACUGCCAAGGCAAACGAGGAGAAUUUAAACAAGGUCAUAACUGCCAAGGCAAACGAGGAGAAAUUAAACAAGGACAUAACUGACAAGGGGGACAAGGAGAAUUUUAGCAAGGUCAUAACUGACGAAGCAACUGAGGCACCUGCACCAGCAAUAAGCAAUGUUUGUUCUUCUCUUACAGAUGCUCCAACUAGUUCAUUGGCCGAGAGUGGUGCAAAAUUAUUGGAUAGUAAGAGGAGGAAAAGGAAAAAACCAGGGCUGAAGAGAUCAACAGAGGAGACUAUGGUUAGUUCAGCCCCAGCAGAGAUAGAAAAAGGUAGCGGCGCUUUGAAGAAAAGGAAGAAGUCCUGGACUACUCUGAAAGAUAUUGCAGAGAGUGAGAAGCAUGACAGAAAUCAGAGGUUUACUAAUUUUUCAAUUCCCUUCAACUUGUAAUUGUGAUUAAGAAUCACUGAAGUAACAAUGAGCUCCUAUAAGUUUCAAGAGAAAGGAUAUAUAAUUUUGAUGCUGCUUUGAGCGAUUAGAUUAGCUGACAAACUCGAUUAUGAGAUCUUCAGCAGAAAUUAUCUUGUCCGCUUGAAUCUCUUAAUUAUACAGCGUGCCUUAUACCAAUUAGAAGUAAUAUUGUUGUAGAUUCAUCUUGAUUUGUAGUUUCAAAACACUCAUUAGUUUUCAUAGUUUGAUUA